CAUAUAUCCCUCUCCUCCUGCCAAUCGUCAAUCGCCAGUCGGUGCAUGAACGCGUGCAUUGCCUCUGGUCAUCUCUCUUCAUCAUAAACAUUCUGGCGGAUUCUCUUGCCUUCAUCAUCAAGUCCAGCUUAUUUUUUUUUAUUUUAUCCAGGCCAGUUCGCAUUUCUCUUACAUCAUCCAUAGCAUAUUAUCAUCAUAAGUCCCGUAAGAGAUAUCCGUGCUGCUGCUUCUAUGGACGAUAGAGGCAACCGAAAGCGCAGACUUGCCGAGGACACUGUCACCUCCGGACCAGUAGCCUCCUCUACGGCCGCUAAUGGUAGUCCUGCGCCUUUCACUCCCCCAUCCAACAAGAGACAGUUUACGGGAAGUGGGAGCUCGAGUCCGAUGAACUCCAGGGAGGAUACUGAAAAUAUGACAGCUGCUGAGGGGGUACUGCUUAAUUUCCGGAAAGAAGCUAUUUGGAGACAAAUCCAGGAAUAUAAACGUGAGGUCGCAAGGGCAGAAGAUCGUAUCAUUAGACUGGAAAACAAGCAGGUCAACCAUGAUUCUCAAAUUCAAAUCGUGGAUUUAUACUGGAAUAAACUUUUAGAUGAUUUGGAAUCGCUAAUUUCGCGUUUCAGCAUCCAAAUAGAUGGAAACGAUGCUAUUUCGAAAGAAGAAGGUAGUUUUGCCUCUAUGCUCUUGCGAAAAUCUGAUUCCCGAAAUCAAGGCAGUGACCAGGAUCAUGAACAGGAUCAGGAAAUCCGAGAGCUUACAGAGAAUGCUAUUAAGCCUUCAGUAGAGGAGACUAGCGUUCGCUCGAAGGAUAUUGUUCUGAAGUUGCUUUGUAUAGUCGAAAAUUGGGUAGAACAGCGUAGCGAUUUUUGGGCUGGCGUUGAUUCGCCAGCCAAUGAUCAGCAAAGCAGCACAGUGCAACAGUUAUCAGAGGAAUGCAAAAAUACCGCACAGGAGUUUAAGAAAGGUCAAACUGAAAUUAACCAUCUCCAGGCAAAGUAUCAUCAGUUUACAGAACAUGUGUUGCGCUUGAAAAAUGAAUUGGAAAUGACGAAAAACCGGAUUCGUGAAACAGAGGAGGAGCUCGACGAGUGGAAAGAGAGACUGCGAAGGGUAGAGAGUAAUAUUGAAAGGGAAAAAAAGAUGUCAGAAGCUGGCGCACUCUCUAGCCAGACUGGGGCUAUGAGUACUAUAUCAUUGUUAGGCGACUUGAAUGGGACCUCCCGAGAAGAACUGUUGUAUUUCCGACAUCAGGCUCUUUCACGUCUAACAGAGCUAGAAGAAAUGAGAGCUCAGCGAUCGCAGUUGCAGGAGGAGCUGGAUAAGACUCGGGCACAGUUCAUGCAUUUGUCCGACGAGAAGAUUCAGGACUCUCAGUAUGUCAAGAGCGUUCUGGUGCAGAUCCAGUCAGCACGAUACGAUGCUGACCACUACCGUAGUGAAGUUCAGAGACUGAGAACAGAGUUGGAUGAUAUGCACGCUAGUCGACGCAGGUUCGUAGACACAUUAGAGGCAGAAGAGAAGAACAGACGCGCGACAUUAGAGGCGGAUGUGAAAAAGCUAGAGAACGACAUUAUUCGUGUUAGAGAUAGUCGUGAUCGUUUCCAGCAGAUGUACGAGAGUCGAUGCAACAAGGACGAAUAUGAAAUGCAACAGAAUCAGGAAAUCCGAAAGAUCGCCAACACACGGAAGGAUCGUAUCACGGCUCUUUCCUCAGAAAUUUUACGCCUUCAGACCAUGUUGACUUCAGCUUCGGAUGAUCCGAUGUCUUUUGCGUUUUACUUGAAAGAUCCUCAGGACAAGGAGGCAUUGCAGGACCUUCGUGCCAAAAUCAGCGAGGCAGAAAACCAAUUAGCUACACUUGGUAUGGAGCUAGAGUCUUCGAGGGAAGCAAUGCAACAGAGUCGGGACCUUGAGAGUGUCAAUGCUUCGGAGGCACAGCUGAAAGAGCAUGUAGAGGGACUGACAGCUAAAUUAGCAAAUCUUGAUCGACUUGUUGGUUCAGAGGCAGAUGACGAGGUCAAGGCGCUUGUGGCUACUGUUGAAGCGAAGGAUGAGGUUAUUAAGCGUCUGGAGCUGAAGAUUAAAGCGCACAAGGCAGUGCAGGCGCCACUGCUGAGCGAACUUCAUACUGUGGCGAAUGCAUGGGAUCAACUCGAGAAGGCUACAUCUCGUAAGGCGAUUGAUCUUGCUCAAAAGGAUGAUCUAAUUUUCAAGUUGCUGUCAGAUAAGACGAGGCAAGAGUCUAAAUGUAGCAACCUGGUUCGAGCCAAGGAACAGAGCGCUAAUAUGACUGCAGUGAUGAAGCGCCAGUCGACAAUGCAGCAGGAUCAGAUCCGUCGACUGGAGGAACGUGAAAAGAGUUUAAAUCAGCAGAUGGUUUCACUUGAAAAGGAGCAGACAGUGCUGACUAGUGAGGCAAUAACGCAUAAGAUCAAGCUACAGGAAUAUACGCAGCUGAAUUCUGCUUUUAAAGAAAAGUUUACAAAACAAGAAGAGCGCCUGACGGGAUUGCAGGCGUUACUCAAGGGACGGAUGGAUGCGUAUGAGAAUGAAUCGACUGCUCGAAAGCAUUUGCUGGAGGAGGCAGAGAGCAUGAAGCGCAAGAUUGAGGAGAAUGCAAAGAAGUCUGAGGGAGCAGGUGAUUCAGAGACAGUUAAACAGGCGGCGCGGUAUCUUAAGCUGCUCAAAUGUCCAGCCUGUGAUGUGAACUUCAAGUCACACGUGAUCCUGCGGUGUAUGCAUGUGUUUUGCAAGAGCUGCAUGGAUAAGCAAAUGGAGUACCGACAACGCAAGUGUCCGACGUGUCGAGAGAAUUUUGGAGCCAAGGACGUGAAGGAGAUUUAUCUUUGAACAUGUUUAUGGUCCAUGGAUGGAU